UCUUCUAUAGAGGGUAUGCAUUGACGUCACCAUGCCGGAGCUCCCCCGGUUGAGUGGCUCAUUUAUCCAUGUCAUUGUCACAGAUCUCCGCAUUUUUCUGUGUCCGUACCAUGGACUUUUUUUUCCCCGUCAGUUUCACGUAUUUGAUACUCAAUUGUUUUUCCUAUUUUUGAAGGUCCUUUUCUUUCUGUGUUUUUGAAGCUUUGAUUGUGUUUACAGUGCGCAAUAUAACAUUUUUAUGUAACAGAAAGUCGUUCUAACCCCAAACCCAAGUGACAAUGGUAAGAAAAUAGGAAAAAAUGCUGAAAUUUACUGAAAUCACUUUUUCAAGCAGUUAUGCUUGGAAAUGUUCAAUAACUUUUUUGAGGACAAGGCUUACAAGAAUAAAUGUGCCCUAUACAAUAUGUACAGAAAGAGUUCAGAAAAGUUCAUGCAAGAGGAAGUUGGACAUAAUAUCAUUGUAACUACAUGAAAUGUCAUGUCAACUACCGUAUAGGUUCGGGGUGUUUGUUGUGCAAAAAAGUGUAUAACGUCUGGCUGUGAUGGAAGUGGUACUUUCUGCCCCAGAGACUUUCUCCAGCAGUUUAAGGAAAAAAACCCUGCUUCCUCUGAGCCAACUGGUAGAGGACACCAGAAAAAGUGUCCCCCAUCACCUGCUUGAAACCAGGGAGUUCACAAAACUGAAGAGUAACAGUGUAGUUCAAGCCGAACCAUCAGAACUGCAUUUCAGUGGCUUUGAAUUAGGAAAGGAUUAUAGGAAGAUCUUGAAACUUAUCAACAUCUCUUCUGAAGUUAUCAGUGUCCACAUUCUUCCACCUCUGACUAAGAAUUUUCAAAUAAAGUACAUAAAAAAGUGCCGACUGGUUCCGGGUCUGGCAUACACUGUUACAGUGAGCUUCCAUCCAGACGAGUGGCAUUAUUUUUUUGACAACAUCAGAAUUCACUGCGAGGGAGAGGAGAACUUACUGGUUCCUGUUCACGCAUAUCCCGUUAUCAAUGAUCUUCAUAUUCCAUCUCACAUUACUUUACCACCUGUGCCACUUGGACAGAGCAUCAGUCAUGUGAUUCCACUUAGUUGCAGUUGUCCGAUUGACUUUGAAUUUCAUGUGCAUUGCCUUCAACCCCAUGAAGCCUUUAAUGUGAGCCCUCUAUCAGGGAUCAUUCCAGCAAAUGGAAAGACGGAGAUAAAAGUGACUUUCACACCUGUGCUGUAUUGUACAGCUGACAUUACACUGCAGUUGGUUAUCUCUCAAUUCAACUGUAAACCUGUUGUUUGGACAGUUACAGGUUCCUCUUCUCCAUAUCUGCUACUCAGUCAAAAAGAAACUGCUGAAGAUGAUGUCUUGGUUGGAAAGCAAACGCUUGCUGAUGGAAAACCUUUACCAUCCCAUCAUAGACCUAAAAUGGCUCUUGCCUUGUCGAAGGGUGGUGAGAAGAAAAGAAAAGGUGAUUCAAAGCUGAUGGUCUCCACCACAGAUUUCACCAUUCAUGCAGGACUGAAUGAUAUCCAACCACAGGACGAAUUGAGAAAUAAGGAUCUCCAAGAGGCCAUUUCUAAUACCAAGCCUGCAGACCACACUAAAAAUAUGAGGGAAGCCACAUUUUUAAAGAAGGUGAAACAAAAGCAGGAAAAAGCCACUCAUAAACGCUGGCCGGUUGAUGUGGGUAAUGAAAAGCUUAAAAUGUUGAAGAUGCAAGAUGAGGCUGUUGGUGUAUGUAAACAAAAAUAUAGUGGUAAGUCAAUGGCCAUUUCAAGAUCUUCACCGAAACGUUCUUCACAAGGAAUUAUGAGAAAUGCAGGACAGCUCCCAGGAUGCCCUGCUGUGGACACUGGCCAGCUCGAGGUCAAACCAAAAGCACUUAGGCUCUUCCAGCAAGCUGUUCAUAAGGUUGUUCGUCAAUGUCGAAAGAACAAGAGGCUUCAGGCAGACGAAAAAUUGGCUGAACAACUUUUGAAGCUGACACCAGAAAAGCUUCUGCCCUUCAGAUUUCCUACAUUUCUGCCUGAAGACCAACCUGAUGAACUGGCUGUGAGUGCAUUGGGUCACGUUCCUGUGAGUCCGCUAAUACCGGAUAUGAAACCCAGCACCAUUCCAACAUCCUGCAGUCUAAAGGUUCCCCAGUAUAUCAGACCAGUUGUAUAUCAGCCAGUGUCUGUGUACGAUGCUGCAGCAACAUUAAUUCCAUCUAACCUGUUUAGCACAUUACGCACUGGAGCAGAGGAUGAGCUUCUGCCAGUGCUGGCAUGUUCAUCUGCAGACCUCAGCGAGGAUGAGGAGGACAGGAACACAGAGGAACCUGAGGGAUCAAAUCAGGAUUUACAUUCCAGUCUUAGUUUCUGUGCUCCUGAAGCAUUACUCAAACCACCGAAUGCACAUCCUCUCCGGAUUUUUAAUCCUGCACCACAUGUUUACGCCUUCAAAUCAUCCCCGCUGUACCUGGAGUGUGAUCUAGACUUUCACCUCUGCCCACUGCAACGAUAUGCUCCGAAGGGCAAUGUAGUGGGCAUGUACGCCCCUGCAACACAGAAGAAGUUUCUAGACAGAAAGGAUAUAAUCAAAGGGAUUAUGACAUGGAAGAAGUUUCCUUCAGUGGCUUUGAGCACUAUAUCUAGCAUGACAACAUUUACAGGAGAUCACGCCCCAUGCAUGUCUGAUCCCUUCAGUAACAUAUUGCUUCCUGUGGAGGCACCACCUGCUCUUAAGAAUCUGCCUGACAGCAUCAUAGACGAGAUUCAAGCUGGAUUGUCAGACGGCUCAGAGCUCAGUCUCACUCCUGAGAUGGUGGAAGCAGAGUUUGGCCUGCCUGAGAGAUUUUCAGCGCCAUCUCCGAAAGAGAAUAAAGAUGAUGGAAUUCGAAUGACAAAAUCGGCAGGAACAACCAGCAGAGAGCCAUGUGAGACGCCACUGGAGUCAAACCACAGCAACAAACUGGGACCAAAAGUUGUGCAGAAAUUUAAACAAUUAAAAUCUUUAGGCAUGACCAGCAUCCCAUGAUAAUAAUAAAUAGCACUUUUAUCUUAAAUAAUAGAGUAGAAAAUGCAAGCCUUACUGAUUUGUAAUUUUAAGUAUAUUUAAAUUUAUAUUUAAGCAAAACUUGAAUAAAAUUUACUGUGUGUACAAUAUACAGGCUGUAGUAAAAUAUACUGACACUAGGUGGCAUUAAAAGUCUGUGAUAUAAAACUCAGCAGAUGUAUCUCAGUAAA